UUUACCCGGCAUUCAACGAACACGUGUGUUGACAACAAACUGGUGGGAAAACAGUUCCAAAAUGACAGAGUUCAAUCCUACAGAACACCAGCAUGUCCGCUAUAAUCCUCUAAAAGACGAAUGGAUCCUGGUGUCUCCUCAUCGCUGCCUGCGGCCGUGGAGCGGACAGACCGAGAGUGGUCAGGAGGAGCAGGCACCAGACCCGAACAACCCUCUGAAGGCUGGCGCUGUUAGAGCUAAUGGACAGCGAAACCCAGUCUACACGUCAACCUACGUGUUCACGAACGACUUCCCAGCGCUCUUGGAGAGAGUGCCCCAGCCUCCGACGCCUGAUCAUCCACUGUUCCAAGCCAGCCAGGCUAAAGGAACCUGCAGAGUAAUGUGCUUCCACCCUGAAUCAUCAAUGACUAUACCCCUGAUGACCGUUGAAGAAAUACUGGCAGUAAUUGAAGAAUGGGUGAACCAAAUGAAAGAGCUGGGUCGUCGAUACACCUGGGUGCAAAUCUUUGAGAAUAAGGGCGCUGUGAUGGGGUGCUCCAACCCCCACCCCCAUUGCCAGAUUUGGGCAUCCAGCUUCAUGCCAAACGAGCCACGAGUGAAGGACAGCGGAACCCCCGUACUACUCCGCCCGCAUCUUUUUCAAUCUUGCUAA